AUGGCGGCCCGCGAAUGGUUGCAGAGCGGCACGAAGGUCGUCCUGCUCGGCGUCGGCUCCUUCAACCCGCCCACGAUCAUGCAUCUGCGCAUGUUCGAGCUGGCCAGAAACCAUCUGGAGAAGGUUUUCGGGUGCACUGUCGUGGAGGGUAUCAUCAGUCCGGUGGCCGACAACUACGCCAAGAAGAACCUGGCCAGCGCGAUCCAUCGGGUUGAAAUGGCUCGCCUUGCCGCGUCCACGUCUGACUGGAUUCACGCAGAUUCCUGGGAAAGUUCGCAAAAGACGUGGACGCGUACGCUACAAGUGCUCAAGUAUCAUCAGGAUGUUGCCAGGGAGCGGCAUGGCGAGGCAACGCGCUUGAUGCUGGUCAGCGGCGGCGACCUGGUCGACUCCUUUCCAAAGAUCCUAGAGAAUGGGGAAAAUUUGUGGCACCCGAACGACAUCUCAGCUAUCAUCAACGACUACGGCCUCAUCAUCGUCACCCGGGGCCUGUCAAACCCGCGCGAGACGUUGGGCAACCUGACGUUCUUGAAGGAGACGGCCGAACGGGCCCAAAUCAUCAGCGACGAAGUGUGCCCCUGCGACGUCUCGUCUACACGUGUCCGGUCGGCCAUCCAAGACGGACGCUCGAUCAAGUACGCCGUGCUCGACCCGAUCAUCGCCUACAUUCAACAACACGGCCUUUAUCGA